AUGUGGGCUCUCCUGAUGCUGUGGCCCCUAGCACUGGGGUUCAGCCUGGAUGACACUCAGACCCCCAUUUUCUACGACGAUGAUGGGGGCAGCACGGAGAGAGGUGAUGAUAGCACACCGGGGCCCCACCCGCGCAGCUUCCCUGGCCAGCCCUGUGCCAAUGACAGCAACACUCUGGAGGUCCCGGGCAGCUCUCGGGCACUGCUGCUAGGCUGGGUGCCCACGAGACUGGUGCCCACGCUCUACGGGCUGGCCCUGGCAGUGGGGCUGCCCGCCAAUGGCCUGGCGCUGUGGGUGCUGGCCACGCGGGUGCCACGACUGCCCUCCACGAUGCUGCUGAUGAACUUGGCGGCGGCUGACCUGCUGCUGGCCCUGGCGCUGCCGCCACGCAUCACCUACCACCUGCGGGGUCAGCGCUGGCCCUUCGGCGAGGCCGCCUGCCGCCUGGACACAGCAGCGCUCUAUGGUCACAUGUACGGCUCCGUGCUGCUACUGGCCGCCGUCAGCCUGGACCGCUACCUGGCCGUGGUGCACCCGCUGCGGGCCCGCACCCUGCGAGGCCAGCCCCUGGCCAUCGGGCUCUGUGUCACGGCCUGGCUGGUGGCAGCCGCCCUGGCGCUGCCCCUGGCGCUGCAGCAGCAGACCUUCCGGCUGGCGCAUUCGGACCACGUGCUCUGCCACGACGUGCUGCCUGUCGGUGCCCAGGACUCCUACUGGCGGCCCGCCUUCAUCUGCCUGGCGGUGCUCGGCUGCUUCCUGCCGCUGCUGGCCAUGCUGCUGAGUUACGGGGCCGCCCUGCGCACGCUGGCGGCCGGCGGCCGGCGUUACAGCCACGCGCUGAAGCUGACCGCGCUGGUGCUGACCUCGGCCGUGGCCCUCUUUGCACCCAGCAACGUGCUGUUGCUCCUGCACUACUCAAACCCGGACCCUGAUGCCCGGGGGGACCUGUACGCUGCCUACCUGCCCAGCCUGGCGCUCAGCACCCUCAACAGCUGUGUAGACCCCUUCAUCUACUACUAUGUGUCGGCCGACUUCAGGAGCAAGGUGCAGGAAGUGAUGCGUCGCCGGGUGCCUGGUACUGCAACAGCUUCCAGGGAGGGGUGCAGCCCGGCAACCGGCACCCCGUCCUCCUCGUUUGUGUGA